AUGCAGCUCCAGAAUAUUUUGCCGAUUGCGGCUCUUCUUGUGACUAUAGUCGCUGGAGCACCAUCUUCCCCAGACACCCGUUCGGAAGCUAAUUUGCCGGUCCUGAACAUGGUAGACAAGCGCUCUGACGCCGAUGCUGCCACUAUGUACGUGGUUGACAAGCGCUCUGACGCCGAUGCUGCCACCAUGUAUGUGGUUGACAAGCGCUCUGACGCCGAUGCCGCCACUAUGUAUGUGGUCGACAAGCGCUCUGAUGCCGAUGCUGCCACUAUGUACGUGGUUGACAAGCGUUCUGACGCCGAUGCUGCCACCAUGUAUGUGGUUGACAAGCGCUCCGACGCCGAUGCUGCCACCAUGUAUGUGGUUGACAAGCGCUCCGACGCCGAUGCUGCCACCAUGUAUGUGGUUGACAAGCGCUCCGACGCCGAUGCUGCCACCAUGUACGUGGUUGACUAGAUCCUGAAGAAGGGCAAUCACUGCCGUAUCGCCGCCAUCCCUUCGGGGACGGUAUCAGCUCUCCGGAGAGAAGAAUUUGGGUAGGGGAAUUGGAGGAAGAGGCACGGGACCGAUCAACAGCGAUAUGGCAGCCCUCUUUGUUUCUUUUCUUUACAUAAGAAUCGCAGGAUGUUAUUUCUUUCCGGGGUUUUCAAAUAAGUGUUGCAGCUAUGGGAUAUUAUAUUGUUGAGUUGUUGAUAUAGUUUUGGGAUAGUUAGAGGAGACUGGAAGUUUUCGGACCUAAAUCACUCAUUCAUUAUCAAGUUCUAUUCGGUUUUUCAUUGAAAACGCUUUAUGUAGAACAAAUGAAUUCAACAACGCCUCACGUUAGUAGCAUGCACUGCGCGCAUCACAUCACGCUGGCUAGACGCACUCGGGCAAUAAUCAACAGUUUGUUAGCACUAGUUCAAAUGCCAUCCUUAGCAUGCAUAUUAAGAUAAGCAGUCAAAUACAAUAGAAGUGGC